AAAGCGCUGAGGCAGGAAUUUAGGGGAGGCGGGGCGGAGCUCCGGCGCUCUUGAUGGAGCCUGCUGUGCGACGGUGGGACUGGGAGGCCCGCGCUCCACAGGCCUCCAAUCCGCUGCCACGCCCGCACCGGAGGGGAGGAUUCCUGGUUGCAGGCAUAGAAACGGACUCAGACUGACUUAAACAGAAAAGGAAUUCACUGGAAGGACAUUGGGUGGCUCGGACUCAGAAUACAGAUGGUGCUGGCAUUUCUGGAGCCAGGGAUGAAAAUAGGUAUGCCUAGAAGCAACUUUUAAAAGCUUUUUCUCUUCAAGUCAUCUUUUUUCCAUACCACCCAAUAAGCAUCUUGACUCACCAUGGCAGUAGCAGCAGUGAAAUGGGCGCUAUCAAACAGGACUGUCUUGAAACACUUAUUUCCAUUUCAAAAUGGACCUUUAUAUUGUGUUUGUCAUAAAUCCACGUAUUGUGCUCUUCCAGAUGACUAUAAUUGCAAAGUAGAGCUUGCUUUGACAUCUGACGGCAGGACGAUAGUUUGCUACCAUCCUUCCGUGGACAUUCCGUAUGAACAUACAAAACCUAUCCCUCGGCCCGAUCCUGUGCAUAAUCAUGAAGAAACACUAGAUCAAGUACUGAAAACCAGAUUAGAAGAAAAAGACGAGCACUUGGAGCAAGGACCUAUGAUAGAACAACUUAGCAAAAUGUUCUUUACUACCAAGCACCGGUGGUAUCCUCGUGGACAGUAUCAUAUACGUCGUAAGAAAUUGAAUCCUCCAAAAGACAGAUGAUACUGAGGUUUUCAGUAAUUAAAGAAAAAUGUUUUCCUGUGUCCCAUUUGCCAUUUGAGAAACUGCAAUCAAGUAUAUUCACUACUAUGC